AGCACUGAUCAUGGUGGAUCAUUUUCCGCUUUUACAUUUAGAUCUACUACUGUCCUCCACGAGGCAUCAGCACCCGCGGUGUUUUCAUUGGUUAUGGUUUCUAAGACAAUGUGCUGUACAUUCCUGACUAUAGCCUCGAGAUCAGGCCAAUUAAAAUACGACUUGGUAUCUAUUGCAUGGGUGAUAGUGCACAUGCACAAACUGAGUUCCCUAGAAUCUGAGGAUUUGUUCUACGUUAGGAAACCUUUGUAAAAUUAAUUAUACCGUGAAGUAUAUAAUAAUAGUUCGUUUACUAAGUUCAAAUAUUAAUUUUUGUCUAUGCCCUAGCUCUAUUCCGUUGUCGAGAAGGCUUGCACACGAUUCUGAAGCCAGAAGAGGCUACCUCUACAAUGGUCGUAUGGUCGUAGUUAAGUUGGAAGCACAAAUUCAAAGAUUUUCCAUGGUCUGUACAGAAACCAAGUUCAAACAUCCGAACGUACGACCAUUAUAGAGGUAUAUAUAGAAGAGAGCCUUCUGGUUUCAGACUAUAAUGUGCAAAUAAAUAACUAAGCCUUCUCAAUAGUACAAUUUUCGUGGACUUAAUUUUCAUGUAUAGGAUUGCUAACCCACAAAAUCCGCGAAAAUUAAGCCCCUCGAAAAUGUUGCGCUAUACGGUAGUACAUGGGCGUGGACGGGCCACACCUAUAUAAUUAUGAUUAAUUACACAUGCAAUAAUUAUAGAUACCAUGGCCAUGCAGGCCGUAUUUUAAUCAGCCUGGAUUCGAGGCUAAUUCCUGACAUACUCACUAUAUAGGAGCUGUGACCAGGGAUGGACUAACUCCACUGGGACUGGCAGUCAGAGGGGGGCACCUGCACAUCAUAAAGUUCCUCAUCAUGAAAUGCAAUGUGGCUGUCAAUGAUUCUGCACUAGUAGUUCGUAUCCUAGAGCUGACACUGAAAGAUAAAGGUGAUGUAACCACCAAAGUUAACGAGAACAAUCGACUUCUCUUUGCUUGCAAGUUUGGGUACACUGCAAUUGUCCGUUAUCUGAUCAAUCAGUGCAAUGUGGAUGUCAAUGGAGCUGUGACCAGUGAUGGACUAACUCCACUGGGAGUGGCAAUCAGAGAGGGGAAGCUGGACACUAUCAAGUACCUCAUCACCGAGUGCAAUGUGGAUAUCAAUAUCGGUGACGGGCUAACUCCACUGGGACUAGCAGUCGAAGAGGGGAAGAUGAACACUAUCAAGUACCUGAUCUCAGAGUGCAAUGUGGCUGUCAAUGAUGUUCUUCUACUUGCCUGCAAGUAUGGGGUUACCAAAAUCGUGAAAUAUCUUUUGAAUGACGUUGUUGGCUGUGAUCCUAAUAUCAAAGAUGACGAUGGACACACACCACUCUUUCUUGCAGGGAACAAGGAAAUCAUUCUACUCUUGUUGCAACACGGAGCUACUGCCGAAGAUGUGUAUACCAAUCAUCGUAAAGCUCUUGGUAAAUUGUUUUCAAAGGAUCCUCUGAAAAACCCAGUGAAAAUGUUUGUUAUCGGUCACGGUGGAGAAGGAAAGAGCACUCUCAUUGAAGCAAUGGAACACGAGCCAACAGCACGCACAUAUCUAGUCAACAUCUUCGUCUCUCCUAAAGAAGUCGAUGGAGUCAGCCAGAAAACAGCCGGAAUCAUCCCUCGAUUAUUCAAGAGCCGUGUCUUUGGAGAUGUGUUGGUCUAUGACUUUGCUGGUCAAGAGGUCUACUACAGCAGUCACGCUGCCAUUAUCAAGAAUACAGUCGAUACGUGUCCACCUGUUUUUGUCAUGGUAAUCGGUCUCCAGAAUAACGACACCAUCACAGCAACUUCCGUCUCCUAUUGGUUGGGAAUUGUUGCCAACCAGUGUGCCAAUAUGGAGGGCAAAGCACCACUCAUUGUGGUAGGUAGUCAUGCUGAUCUCGUGACAAGCACACAAGCGGAGCAAAAGAAGAAAAUUAUAGUACGAGCCAUUCAAAAGUUUUCGAUGUUUGAUCUUGCUGGAUUUGUUUCAAUGGAUUGUCGCUUUUCAAGUUCUGAUGGCAUGACGAGUUUUAGGCAUAUUGUUGAAACUAGCUGUGCUUCCAUUCGAGAGCGGUUGUCUGUGAGCCUCAAUGCUCAUAUGUUUCUUGUCCACCUUCUUGACAAGUACUCGGGUGAGAUUGCUGUAACCCUGGAAGAAGUUCAAGGGAAAAUGAAGGAUCGAGUUUCUAGAAAAGAUGAAAAAGUUCUUUCUUUCGUGCCUACCAGCUGCAUUCCACGACUUGUUGAGAUCUGUGUUCAACUCAGUGACAAAGGUCAUAUUCUUUUCCUUUGCAAUGCUUCCUUCCCAGAAAAGAGCUUUAUUGUAAUUGACAAAUCGAAACUCUUGGCUGAAGUAAAUGGCACCAUUUUAGCUCCCGAAGAUUUCACACAGCAUUGUGAGCUUUCCACAAGUACUGGGGUUGUUCUAAAAUCAGAUCUCGCUAAACACUUCCCCAAUUUCAACAUUGACAUGCUCAUUGGAUACUUGUUUCAUCUCGAGCUAGCCGUUCCCAUUGAAGACAAAAUAGUGCUCAGUCUUAUCGACCAGCAUCUUCCUGCAACGUCUGUGUCCGUCUCUGGAGGCGUCAUCUUCUGUCCAGCACUGAUCCGAUUGGUAGCUUCCAGCGAACCAAUGGCUACCACUAUUAAUUUCCAGUACAGUUUCAACUGGUCCCUGGCCUGUGCACACAAUGACCAUUUUUUCAACCCUCGAUUUCUUCACGUUCUUCUCCUUCGACUGUCUCUGUCGCUUGGUCUUGCUCCAGUGGUGGACACUGACAAUCCUGCCUUGCAAGGUCAAUGCUCGGUCUGGAAGACUGGUGUGUGUUGGGUCACUGAGGAUGGAAUUAGAGUCCGUGUUGAGGUGAUGGAGAUGAAGAGUGUCACUAUUCAACUACAAGCACCUAAGGUCUCGUUAGAUGUACUCGAUGUACGAUCCACUAUUAUCAACAAAGUGGUUGAAGCUGCUUGUGAGUUUUGCCCCAACAUAGACACGGACGAACGGUUGUUACCUUCCACUGACAUCGCUGGUGCUCCAUUGUUUGGUAUGAAAUCUGUUGCUAAAAGCAUUUCUUGUCAGAAGGAAUUUGUUAAAUCUACCACCAGCACACAAGUUGUACCCGUGGGUGAGCUGCUGCAAUCUGAGGUGUACGCUGAUCUCCGUGAAAAUAUUCUACAAGCUCUAUGCAACGAAGGUGACCCAGCACACGAUGAGAAACUCUCUGAUGGACUGCUCUCAGCUCUUUCAUCUUGUUGGAGCAAGAAUCGUGAACUAUCAGACAUCGUUUGUUCAGUUGUUUCUAGGGCUGCUAAGAGCACGCAUGCAAUGAGCGGCAGUCUAGAGCAUGCCCUGAGAGUGUGGAGGGACAGUGGUGACGGCACUUGCAGAGCAUUGAGACUGAUUCUGGAUCCACUCAGUGUUUUCUCUGGGAAGAACCCUCUCGUUUUGGCUGGUGUUGCUCCUACGUUCUUUUGUGAAAACAUGUUGCCACAGCAACCUGAUGAGUCGACUGAACUGUCACCCAGUCCAAGCACACACGAAGCCACACAGACGACUAUUGAGGAGAGGAAUGAAGUCAGACAACCGUCGAGCCUUGGACCAGCUGCUAAUCGAGUCACACUCCAAGAUCUAGUGAGCAGAUACAGUCUGACUGACGAGCAGCUCAAUAGUGAAAUAGGGGACUCUGAUAUUCCCUAUCUGGCCGAAUAUUUUGAUGGUGUAAAGAUAUAUUCGAGUGCAAUGGGACUGACUCCUGCAGAACAGGCCGAUGUGAAUAGGUUGUACUGUAAUGAAGGUACACAAGUAGCCAUGACUGAAUGCUUGAUUCUCUGGAAAAGACACGAUCCUUUCGCAGCAACUCACAAAGCUCUACUGGAGUUGUUACUGGGACUGAGAAAAGACAAGAUAGCUGAUGAUAUCUGUCAGCACUUGACUCAAUGAGGUAUAUCACUGUCUGAUGACAUUGUCACGUGUGGAGAGGUGUACAGGAACACUUGCUCAAGUAACUCUCUGUAGAAUGUUUGAUACUCACAAUUUAUUUAGUUUGCAAAUAGCUUCAUAAAAUUAAUAAUUAUAGAAUAAUUAUAGUAUUUUUAUUGUGUUUAUUGUGUCUCAUAAAAAUCGAGUUUUUAUAUUUUCUAAGCAUGCACUUGGUAUUUAUAAUCAAUACACAAUUUUUGUAGUUCAUUUGAAUUUAACGAUUGACAUUAUAAUCAAAGUGA